AUGGCAGCUAGUGACUCUGAGGAUGAAAGACCAACUUUUGAUUGGGAUGAAAUAUUUUCUGAAGCACAAAAACGUGACAUAAAACAUCGUGUCUUUGUGCCUGGGUUCAGAGGGAUACCACCGUACCCUAAGGUGUCUGCACUGACACAUCAGCAGCAUUACCAAUGUCUCAAGGUGUUGUGUACUCAGAACCCUCACAUUUUGGAUGCUGAAUUCAUACCACGCCCCACAAAGCAAGAUUAUAGAGUCUUUGAGGAAGUCCAAAUAACUUACGCUAAAGAACAAAAGGAAUAUAUAGAAUGGGCCAAAAACCUUUGGAUGACUGGACACUGUAUAAGAGCUCUGAGGCCCAAGCCACCGGUAGAGGCAGCUUAUGAGGCAGAGUUUGAAGUGAAAGCUAAGGAAAUGCAAUCUUUCCCUAAGAGAUAUACAAUGGCUGCACAAAUACCACUGGAAAGCAGAAACGAGAACUUUGAAAUGAUCUGUGAAAAAGAGCUAAUAGGAGUGGAUGUGUCUGAGUUGCCAGAAGUAAACAAGUUGGAGCCUGUACAGAAACGUUUAUCGAUUAUGAUGCCUCGCUCCAUACCAGAACCAUGUACAAAACACCCUUGCCGCUUUGUAUUACCAAAUGAAUCUUCAACGACAAUCCUGCCAUUGACAGAAGUCCACAGGGAGCUGGCUCAGUACGCAUUAGACAAUGGUGCUGAGUUUAUAACCAGCGAGAAAGCGCUCAAAUGUCUGGUGGAGAUUGACCGAAACUGGACGAUAUGCCUCUCCGUCUGUGAAGCGUACACACUAGAGGGAGAAAAGCGUAACGUACUGGUGCUCGGUGGUGAACUGAUUGUUCGCAAGGAGUGCGCCCAGGUGAGGACCUACCGGGCCUUCAGGCACCUCCUCCAGUACUCGCUGGUGCCCGAGGUGGAGAAAUCCAAGUUGAUGUACAGGAGCAAGGAUAGAUCGGAAGGCGAGCGAAGGCCGAGCAGAGCCUUGCAACAGCCGAAGGAUACAGAUGAGUCGAGCGACGACGAGGGAUUCAACUUGUUUAUAGUAUCCGGAGAGGCACAAACAGACAGUAAUUCGGACACAGAACACAUGCAGCCCGAUGAGUUGGAUCCUGCCAAGGUGAAGCUGAACACUAAGCCACAAAGGAUCAGCAAAGCAAGGGAGAAGCAGAAGAAUGAAUUCUACAAAUGUACAUGCGAAGAUACUCUAUUUGAGCGCCCCCCGCCGAGGUCCUUCCGGAAAUGGCGCCUAAGAAACUCGGGAACGCAGGAAAGCUAUGACGUCAUUGUGCACUGUUCACACAAACUUAAGGGUAGCAACGGCGAGGUGGUGCUGGAGCCGAUACCGGAAUAUCAACUGGACCUGGGGGCAAGCCAGGUGUCGAAAGAGAAGAUCAAGAGCCUCGCCCUCUCGCUCAACUUGAGGAAGAACGCGUCGGUGAUGACUGUGAGGGUGGACGGCUCCACCGGCGAAGUGGUGAGGUCAGACAGCAUGAACUUCGACCAGCUGGCCUUGGAGCACGGAGACCAGAUGCCGGAUGUGGCGCACUCCUUGUCUUCCGCCCUGGGCCAGCUCUGCCACUUGCUACCCGGCCAUUACCUCUUGAACCACGAGGUCAGCCACGGGCGCAACGCGCUGCUGUUCGCGCCGGGCGCCGGCGGGGCGGGGGCGGGGGCGGGGGCGGGGGCGGGGGCGCUCAGCCUGGACUUCGCGGGGGCGCCCCUCGCGGAACUGGACGAGGCGGCCGGACUGAACACGGCACCGACGCUCACUCCCCUUCUCUUGCCCGCACACAAGUUCCGCAAGAUCCUGCCGUGCGCCUUCACUCCGCACGAGAACCAGCUGUCCAAAGAGGCGAAGCGGCCGCCGGCGCGCCAGCGCCAACCGCCAACCGCCAUCGCGUUGGACGCGGAGGAAGAGAACGGCGCGAAAGUAAAGGUACCGCCGCACUGGGUCCGAUUUCUCGCGCGAAUCCUUUUUAGUUCUGUAGAAUGCGGACGUCGGAAGCUGCGC